AUGGCGGCAUAUCCGGGCACCUUAGUCCCUGGGCAAUCCAUAUCCGUCAACAAAUACACCGUUCAAGUCGAGCGUUACCUGUCUCAAGGUGGUUUUGCCCAUGUGUAUCUAGUUAGAACUGCGACGCCGGUCUACAACACGACGCACCACGUUCUGAAACGCAUCGCCGUGUCCAAUGAUGCCAUGCUCACUGAGGUCAAGAAGGAGGUCGAUAUCAUGCGCUUGCUCAAAGGCCACCCCAACAUUGUCCACCUCAUCGAUGCAGCAUGGCAUAGAAUGCCAAAUGGGCUCUACGAGGUCUUUAUUCUUAUGGAGUUCUGUCCUGGCGGCGGAAUCAUCGACAUGAUGAAUAGAAGGCUGCGGGAACGACUCACGGAAGCAGAAAUCCUGCAAAUAUUCGUAGAUGUCCUAGAAGGGGUGGCCUAUAUGCACAACUCGCGACCGCCGCUGCUACACCGUGAUCUCAAAGUCGAAAACAUAUUGCAGUCCUCUGCGACAUCCUUCAAACUUUGUGACUUUGGUAGUGCGACAACUGUGGCGCAACGGCCACCAGCCAACACCCAGGAGAUCCGUGCGCUGGAAGCAGACUUGAACAGACACACAACUUUACAAUAUCGUGCGCCAGAAAUGGUCGAUCCAUACAUGCGGCGACCAGUUGACGAGAAGAGUGACGUAUGGGCGCUUGGGGUUCUACUCUACAAGCUUUGCUAUUAUACGACCCCAUUUGAGGAACACGGGCCCCUCGCAAUCCUCAACGUUCAAUACCGCAUUCCACCAUAUCCCGUUUACUCGCAACAAAUGAACUCGCUAAUCGCUUCGAUGCUCCGCGAGCACGGUCAUCAACGUCCGAGUGUUUUUGAACUGCUGAACAACGUCCAUCGUCUUCGGGGCACCAAGUCACAGUUUACAUAUACUAUUCCAACGCCACAACCGCUUUCCCCUCGCACACAAAAUCAAUUCUCAUUACCCUCCUCAUCCAACGCUCUCGAAUCCACGGUCACUUAUCGCUCACAACAACAGCAACAGCAGCCGUCUGCUGGCGUUCAAGCACGCGAUAAGGUCCUAGAGGCUAUUGCGCCCAUGCGUCGUGGUCGACCUACAACGGAAACGCCGACAAAUAUGAAGUCUUCGUCACGAUCGAGAACUACGAGUCCACAUAAACAACGGGCAACUCCUCAACCUGACAAGGCUAAGAAUUGGCUGGAAGAAGAGGACAAGGCAUGGAAGGCAGCAACCGUCCAGAAUGAUACCAAUAUUCCAAAGCGGAAUGCGUUAGACGAUGCUUGGGCUACGCGAGGCGGCUCUGCCGGGAACGCAGCAGCUCCGUCGGGGGCAGGAUUCGGAGAUGAUUUUGCGGAGAAAUUAUGGGACGAGUUUGACACCAAGAAGUCUACAGUACCUCCCGCCGCUUCCAAAUCGUCAACUACUCCGCCAUCUCUUCCAUUGCGACCAUCUGCAUAUACUGGGACGCCCGCCAUUAACCGAAGAGAAAGAGACAAAGACGCAUUCGAUGGCCUUGGUUUGAGCGGCAGCGACAAUAAGCCCGCCCCAACUUUGGGCGAAGCGCGUCUGUUAAGGACAGGGCUCGCAGGCAUGUCUAGCUCCAGUUCUCGAGACAAGUACAGCGGGAUCAGUGGGGACUAUAAAGACUAUAAACCCUCCAGACCCUCACCUUCUCCUCGCCCAACCUACAUGUCGCAAUCAAGUUCAUCGCCCGCAACUGCCCUUUCGCCGCCCCCAUCCUCACAGUCACAAGCACUUUCACCCCCACCGCCGACAUUAAAGCCAACCAGCUCUGGCUCUUCAUGGCUCUCGCGACCGCCCUCAUCGAUGGCUGGAGUAGGUUCAGACGGGAAUGAUGCUGCUGCAGAGACGAGGUUCCCUUCUCUGGAGGAAUUGGAUAAAACAUUUGGGUCCUCUUCUUCCUCGUCAAACACUUACCAACAAUCACAUCCUCCGACGCCGUCAAUGCCGCCAUUACCCCCAAGGAGAGCGACACCAGAGGUUCUUCGUGCUGAUUAUAAACCAGCGUAUGCCUCGAAUUCGUUUGGCGAUGCUGGACGAUCUCAGCCCGCAACAAGUAAUGCGAUGAGAGAUAUUAGUUCCAAUAACCGGGUUAUCCAGCCAAUUCCGACCCCUGCAGCUCCUUCCCCUUCUCUCGAGAAUUCCAGACCAUCUUUAACCCGGAGACAUAGAAGUUCAUUGACAAUGAAACACGCUUAUUCCGCCAGCACUGAUGAGGGGCUCCCUCUCCCUUCAAGGACCGAUGUUGGCUCUUCCUCUGCCCACCCAGCCAUUCCAUCCAAUCACAAGUCUCGAGACUGGUUAACCGGCGAUGAUACAGACUCUCCUGCCCCUUCCUCACAUAGUCGGAUGGCAACAACCCCUGCCUCUUCGUCGUCGGGACGGCCUGUUCUGAGAGAUUCGCCAAGCAAACGAGCCUCAGUUAUCGAUCACGUGCCUCUACACUUACAAGAAGCGGUGGUGGUCCAACGCGAGACCAUGAACCCGACACCUUCUUCGCCGACCACGAGAGCACAGAGGGUAUUCCCUGCGAUAGAUCUCAACGAGGAGCCGACAACUAAAGAUGCUGAUUCAGCAUCUAGUGCAGAUGAGGGACCGGAAGAUGCUGGCGGUGGCCUCAAAUCUCCACCAAAGUCCAUCAAAACUGCACGACCAUCGAAACAUAAAGCGAGGCAGAGUUCUGUGCAUGACUUGGUGGAUUUAUAUGGCGGCGCGGGGUCCAUUUCUUUGCUGCAAAAGGACCAAGACUUGACGCCGAAAAAGACUACCUUCUCGCCGGCGCAGCCAACGGAGACGAAAGCAAAGAGGCAAUCAUCGGCGUUGUCUGCGAUUGGUGUUGGGAAGCCUUCCUCCGCAGGCGUGUUAUCGUCGGCCUCGCCACGUAGCAUCAAAUCACCGGUAACGCCUACCUCGCCUUCCACCAAGUCUCGUCCGCAAUCGAUGUUCCUUUUCCCCUCUUCCAAGCCAUCCGACCCAAAUGCGCUUGCCAACUCGCUUGCUCCUCCCCCAGAAGACCCCAAGCCGCGAGUUCAGAUGCGCCGAACUUCUAUAUCGGAUAUGGUGCAACGCUACGAGUCCAUCGGCGUUCCCGGGAGUGGUGGUGGGAAGUCGCCAGUCUCGCCGCCUUUGGCCGCGCCGAGCAAGUCGCUGGGGGCGUCUUCUCCGCGAGUGGAGAACGGCUCGGGCAGGUUUUCGUCAGUGUCGAGCUCGAGCACGAGUACAUCGAGCUCCUCUUCGGUGGGAUAUAAUGGGCGUUUACCUGUUCUCGAUUCUACCAAGGGCUUCCCAGCGAGGGUGUCACCCACACCGAGGACUUCGACACCACAGCAACAACCGUUACAAGAGCCUGUCCCGAUAGCAACGCCCCGAGCACGACGGCCGUCUUACAAGUCUCUUGACUUUGGUGUUGCUUCAAACCCGCCCUCGCGGAAAUCCACUGUUGAUGACCAGCCGCCGCGCUCUGCUUCGCCUGAACGGCCAUAUCAGGGUGUUGGCAAGCUUAUCGACCAGUGGCAGAAGAAGACGGCCGAGUCAGAAGGGCCGCCCGGGCGUGGAAGUCCUGCGAAACGUGGUGGGUUGGUGGCGAAGCGGGCUGGACUGGUGGGAAAGGGUGCUUAG